UAUUUAGCAGGCAAAAUGAGUCAAUUUCAAAAUUCACAGAUGAUAACGGUUGCUCUGGGAGCAACCAUUGGAGUACUUGGUGCUGCUAGUUUGUUUAUUUAUCAAAAAAUAAUGGAACAGAGAGAACGUGAACGAAUGUCUAAUAAUUUAGAACGUGUUAAUCUUAGAGUUUCUCAAUUACAACAAGAAUUAGAUAAUUUAAGAGCACAGCAAGAAAAAUUACGAAUUAAGAAAUCUAAAAAUUUAAGAAAAAGAUUGCCAUCAGCAAAUAGUAUUUAUUCACCAACAAAUGAAACAGAUAAUGAAAAUGAUGGAUUAUCAGUUACCGAAACAGACAUUGAUGAUGAGUUUUAUGACUGUUCCGAUGAUGAAGUAGCUAAUGAAGAACUUGAGAAUGGGACAGCAAGAUUAAUGUUACCGUUGUUUGAAAAAUUGGCCGAGCUGGAUCAGAAAUAUGAACAAGAGAAAAAUUACGAUGUGGUGCUCGACGAACUGCGUUCGUUGGCACUUUGGCAUGACGACAAUAUCGAAGUGGCUUGGAGACUGGCAAGAGCUUACUUUAAAACUGCUUCUUUACUUACUGAUACUAAUGAACAAGAAACUCUUUUACAAGAAGGUAUUAAAUCUUGUCAGAAAUUUCUUGACAAUAAUCACGUUGAACUCCAUAAGUACUACGCGUUACUCGUUGGCUUACGUACUGAAUAUUUGCCAACGAAGGAAAAAUUAUCAGCGGGUAAAGAAUUUGAGAAACAUGUUAAAUUGGGGUUAGAGUUGAGCCCUGAUGAUGCUGUUUGUGAGACAUUAUUUGGAGAAACACCGAAAGCAACUUACGAAGAAGCAAUCCAACACUUGGAACAUGCUGAGAAUCAUGUUAAAGAGCCUGAUAUACCGAACAAAUAUUUCUUGGCCAACGCUUAUUUAAAAGUAAAGUCUUAUAAGAAAGCUAUGAAAUUACUUGAAGAAUUGAAAGAUCUUCCACCACGAAAUAAUAAUGAAGAAAAGAUGAAGUCUAAAGCUCCUAAUCUUAUAUCAACAUAUUCUUCUUACUGUUGA